AGCAUGGCGACUAGGGACUAGCGAAGGUUCUGGAAUCUACAGUCUAGUCUCCGAAAGCGCCUCGCCUCACCGCUCUCAGUUCUUUAGCUGGCCAAAUUCUUUCGUUGUUGGCCAAUCACUUCCGUAGGAGACGCCGCUCGUCGUCGUUCCUUGAUCAUCGCCAAGUACUCAUGGCGACAGCUGCUCGUCGCGCGCGAGUGGCCGUGGACGUUGUUUCCGACACCGUGUGUCCGUGGUGCUUCGUCGGCAAGCGAAAUCUGGAUAAGGCGAUCGCGGAGAUUGCUGACGUGGCAGAUGUCGAGGUCCGCUGGCACGCCUAUCAGCUGAACCCCAAGGCGUCCAAGGAAGGCGUGAGCAAGCUCGACCUCUACCGCUCCCUCUUCGGCGACAGAAUGCCGGCCAUCACUGCUCGCAUGACGGGCGUGUUUGAGGAGCUCGGGCUCAAGUACAACCUGGGAGGCCUCACAGGCAACACGCUGGACAGCCAUCGUCUGAUCAGCUUAGCGGGGAUGAAGGACAGAGAGCAGGGCGGUUUGCCUGCAAGCUCGUCCCUGCAGCACAGGCUCGUGGAGGAGCUGUUUCUGGAUUACUUCACACGAGAGAAGUUCAUUGGCGACAGGCAAGUGCUGCUGUCAGCAGCGGAAAGGGCUGGGCUGCAGGGAGCAGCAGAGUGGCUUGACAACCCACAGGCAGGCUUACAAGAGGUAGAGGCUGAAUUGCAACGCUAUCGGCCACGAGUUUCAGGCGUCCCACAUUUCAUUAUCGGCGGUCAAGAGUUUUCAGGUGCUCAACCCCCUGCUGUUUUGCUACAAGCCCUCAGAUCGGCAACAUCUACUGAUGCGUAAAUAAUAGUCGUGUAUAGAUCGUUGAUUGCUGUUUCUUUGGUGGUAUAUUAUGCUGUAGGACGGGAUUCUAUCUGAAGGUGCUAUGAAAGAGUGGCAAUAGGCCUUCAGAAUUCAGGCCAAAAAGGGCUGAAAAGCUGUAUAUCAGGGUGUUUUUUAAGGGCAUACCGUGAUUUUCAGCUUUUGAUUUUCAUCAAACCCGAG